AUGAUUGAGGACUAGAACUCGACUUCAGAAUCUCAAGAGAUUUUCGGAUCAUAAGCAUUUGAAAUCAUAGAUAAAGUACCAAGAUAACCUAGUCAUAAAGAAUAUCUAAUUAAAAAGUAAUCAUUUGGAAACAAAUAAACAAAAAGAUCAAUCAGUGCAAUAAAAGUCGAUGAUAACAAAAUGAAUAUUAAUAAUGGUUAAGUGUUAAAAAAAUCAAAGGAUGAUCAUCCACUAACAAAUUAGGAACAAUUGGAAUUUAAAUUGAUUCAAGUGGAAAUAUCAGAUUUCAUCAUAAUAGAGCAUUAAUAAAAUGGCAAAGAAUAUAAAAUUUUGGACUAAAAUGAUUGGAAGAAAAUAAUCAAGUAGAAAUCAUUAACAGGAUAUAUGAUGCACGAUAUACAUGUAUCAUUAUUAACUUAAAAUCUAUUCUUUAUUGAGAGGAGAGAUAUUUGGUUGUUAUUUUGCGACAUAGACUCGAUAAAGUAAAAAAUUCAAUAGAAAAAUUCCUCAUUUUUUCAGUAUUCUAUCUAAGAUAAUAAUUUUUCAUCAUAAAUUGACAAGGAUAUUCCAAGAGCAUUGAUGGGAAAUAGAUUCUUGAAUUUACAAGAAAAUCAAACUAGUUUAAAAAAAAUAUUGAUGGCUUAUGCUAAUUAUGAUCCUGAAUUGGGUUAUACAUAAGGAAUGAAUAUUAUUGCAGCCAAUUUACUAAUCUGUUACGAUUUGAAAACAAACGAUGAAAAAUUCUUAGAGGAUGUUGAAAUCAUAGAUCCAUCAAGAGAUUAAAAUGUGUUUUAUCUUUUUAUAUACAUUAUGGUAGAAUUAAAUUGGAGAUCAGUUUUCAUUCCUGGAUUUCCGGGAUUAAUUAAAAUGAUGAAGGUUUUGGAUUUAAAAUUUAAAAGUGAAUUGCCUAAAUUAUAUGAACACUUUUAAGAAUCUAAUGUAGAUCUAAAUGUGUGUUUCUAAUAAUAAUAUCUGUCCUUAUUAAUGUAUGGAAUUUCUUGGGAGAUCAGUAGGAUGAUUUUCGAUUUAUUCCUUUUUGAAGGUGAAUAGAUUAUUCACACUUUUCUGAUUGGAAUGUUAAAGUAUUGUUAAGAUAAUCUUCUUAAAAUGCGAACUUUUGAAGAAAUUACGAAAUUCUGCAAAAAUGAAAUGAUAAGAUAAUUUUAUGAGUUAUUUUCAAUAAAAUUUGUAGGAAACAAAGACUUUUCAACUAUCCUAUUAAAUUUAGGCUUUAUUAAAGUUUAGGGCGAAAUAGUACCACCUCCUUAACCUUUGGCUUCUGUUAAACAAGUAUUAAAAGAAAAUAAGUUUGAGAUAUGGAAGGGAACCUUCCUUAAGAACUUUUUCCAAAAAAAGAAAUGA